GUGACCUUCAUCAACCGAUGACUAUUCUCCACCAACCAUAAAGACAUUGGCACCCUAUACCUAAUCUUCGGUGCAUGAGCAGGCAUAGUUGGAACCGCACUCAGCCUACUUAUCCGUGCAGAACUAGGCCAGCCAGGAACCCUCUUAGGAGACGACCAAAUCUAUAAUGUAAUCGUCACUGCCCACGCCUUCGUGAUAAUCUUCUUCAUAGUAAUACCAAUCAUGAUCGGUGGAUUUGGCAACUGACUAGUCCCACUUAUAAUUGGCGCACCCGACAUAGCAUUCCCACGCAUAAACAACAUAAGUUUCUGACUACUGCCCCCCUCAUUCCUACUCCUCCUAGCCUCUUCUACAGUAGAAGCAGGAGCGGGCACAGGAUGAACCGUAUACCCCCCACUCGCCGGCAACCUCGCCCACGCUGGAGCCUCAGUUGACCUAGCCAUUUUUUCACUCCACCUGGCAGGUGUGUCAUCAAUCCUGGGGGCAAUCAACUUUAUCACAACUGCAAUCAACAUAAAACCCCCAGCCCUCUCACAAUAUCAAACACCCUUAUUUGUCUGGUCAGUCUUAAUCACUGCUGUCCUACUACUACUCUCUCUACCAGUCCUCGCUGCCGGCAUCACUAUGUUACUAACAGACCGGAACCUAAACACCACAUUCUUCGACCCUGCUGGAGGAGGGGACCCCGUCCUAUAUCAGCACCUAUUCUGAUUCUUCGGCCACCCAGAAGUCUACAUCCUAAUCCUGCCUGGCUUUGGAAUCAUCUCGCAUGUAGUAACAUACUAUGCAGGCAAAAAAGAACCAUUUGGCUACAUAGGAAUAGUAUGAGCAAUACUAUCCAUCGGAUUCCUGGGCUUUAUUGUAUGAGCCCACCACAUAUUCACCGUCGGAAUAGACGUAGACACCCGAGCAUACUUCACGUCAGCCACCAUAAUCAUUGCCAUCCCAACAGGCAUCAAAGUCUUUAGCUGACUGGCUACACUACACGGAGGAACUAUUAAAUGAGACCCUCCAAUAUUAUGAGCUCUAGGUUUUAUCUUCCUAUUCACCAUUGGCGGACUAACAGGGAUUGUUCUUGCAAACUCCUCACUAGACAUUGCACUACACGACACAUACUAUGUAGUGGCACAUUUCCAUUAUGUUCUAUCAAUAGGGGCCGUAUUUGCCAUCUUAGCAGGAUUCACCCACUGAUUUCCACUAUUUACAGGAUACACCCUACACCCCACAUGAGCCAAAGCCCACUUUGGGGUUAUAUUUACAGGUGUAAACCUAACCUUCUUCCCUCAACACUUCCUAGGCCUAGCAGGUAUGCCCCGACGAUACUCAGACUACCCAGACGCCUACACUCUAUGAAACACCAUAUCAUCCAUCGGCUCACUAAUCUCAAUAACAGCCGUCAUCAUACUAAUAUUCAUCAUCUGGGAAGCCUUCGCAUCAAAGCGAAAAAUCUUACAACCAGAAUUAAUCACCACCAACAUCGAAUGGAUCCACGGCUGCCCGCCCCCAUACCACACCUUCGAAGAACCAGCCUUUGUCCAAGUACAAGAAAGG